AUGUUUUAUACCGCACAAUUUCGUAAUUAUAGUAUACCACCAUUUCUACUUAAUCGUAUUGCCAUCACAGAACAAAAGAAAUUAAUAAUACGAUGUGGAAUUUGGUCUUCAUACGAUCCGUAUGUACCUAAGGAGGGCGCUGCUGGUGGUCCGCCUUCAAAGACUGUAGAAAUUCAAAAAAAAAUUGAUGAUACAGUAGAAGUUAUACGUGAUAAUCUUAAAUUUGUUGCUGGAAGGGGAGAGAAAUUAGAUAAUUUACAAGAUAAAACUGGUAAUUUAUGUUGGAAAAAAAUCUGUCAAAAUCGGCAAAAGGAUUUCAUCUUUUCUCAAAUGAAGUACGAAAAAAAACGUGGUGGAAAGAUAUGA